GACCCACCCUCUCUCUCUCUCUCUCUCUCUUCCCCUUCCGCGCCCUUCUCCUCUCCUCCGCCUCUCUCGUCUUCAGAUCUGGUUUUCCAAUAUGAAUAGAGGAAUUAUUAUUGUUUUUGGAUUUGUCGUGAGUCCAUGCGACCUUUUUUUUUUUUGAUGACAACGUCAUGUUUUCUGUUGCAAGUUGGUGGACAUCAGCAAAUAAGCAUACUAUCAGAAGCACUUCAGCUUGGUAGCAGUGCAACAAUCUCUUGGCUGUUCUCGGAUAAUUUGAAAUGUCUUUAAUAAGGUCUGCUGAUUCAUCUGCUACAUCAUAUGGUGAAUCCAACCUUUGCACACGUAAAAGCAGUGGUGAUGGCUCAGAUUUAUCCAUGCAAACAUUCGCAUCAGAUAAGCGAAUAUACCAUUAUGGCCCUGAUUCUUACUGCUCAGAGAUUUAUGAUCAACAAUAUUUCAGAUCUUCACCAGGUCUAGCACAUGUUAAUCCAUUCUAUGUAUCAAAUUCUGCCAUCCCGGGAUCUGGAUUUCGUCCUCAAGUUUCUUCAGCUUCAUAUAACCUGAUGGCUAAUACCCGGUCUUCUAUCAUCACAGAAAACUCAUACAAUGCUUGCUUUGCUGCAAUCCAGCAUUCUGAAUCAUCACUGAGUUCCAAUAUCUCUAAUCAGACAACCCUAUCUUUAUCAGAUAAUCAAAGUCCAGAGCAUAAAAUGGACUAUGAUGAAGAUGAAGUCAGAUUGAAGUUGCAAGAACUUGAGCAGGCAUUACUGAAUGAUAAUGAUGAAGAAUUGUUAGAUGAGGAGAUGGGCAUCGAAGAUCAGUGGGUUGAGCCUAUUAAGGACCUCUUGCUUCCGAAUUCACCAAAAGAAUCCUCAUCAGACUCAAGUGUCAGUUGUAUUGCCAGCAACAGAGAAACACGAACUCCAAAGCAGUUACUUUUUGGCUGCGCAUCUGCAAUUUCUGAAGGCAGCAUGGAAGAAGCAAAAACCAUUAUAUCGGAGCUCCGGCUGAUGGUCUCAAUCCAAGGGGACCCUCCUCAAAGGCUUGCAGCCUACCUGGUGGAAGGCCUUGCAGCUAGAAUUGCCUCUUCAGGACGAGGUCUUUACAAGGCUUUGAAGUGUAAGGAGCCCCCGACUUCUGAUCGGCUGUCGGCAAUGCAGAUUCUAUUUGAGGUCUGUCCAUGCUUUAAAUUUGGUUUCAUGGCAGCCAAUUAUGCAAUUGCUGAAGCAUUUAAAGAUGAAGAGAGAGUCCACAUCAUAGACUUUGACAUAAACCAAGGAAGCCAGUAUAUAACACUGAUACAAACCCUUGCAAGUCGGCCGAGUAAACCACCCCAAUUGAGGAUAACUGGCGUGGAUGAUCCUGAGUCAGUGCAACGGUCGGUUGGAGGCUUGAGAAUUAUUGGGAUGCGCCUUGAGAAGCUGGCUGAGGAACUCGAGGUUCCAUUUGAGUUCCGAUCAAUAGCUGCUAAGACAACAGAUGUAACACCUUCAAUGCUGGACUGCCAGCCUGGUGAGGCCCUCAUUGUCAAUUUUGCCUUCCAGCUUCAUCAUAUGCCAGAUGAGAGUGUAUCAACGGUGAACCAAAGGGACCAACUCCUUCGGAUGGUCAAGGGUCUGGGACCAAAAUUGGUGACAGUUGUUGAGCAAGAUGUGAACGCUAACACAGCUCCAUUCUUCCCAAGAUUUGUGGAGGUGUAUAAUUACUACUCAGCUGUCUUUGAGUCACUUGAUGCAACUAUGCCAAGGGAGAGCGCGGACAGGAUGAAUGUGGAGAGGCAGUGCCUCGCACGUGACAUCGUCAACAUCGUCGCCUGUGAAGGCACAGAACGCAUAGAGAGGUAUGAAGCUGCUGGGAAGUGGAGGGCGAGGAUGACCAUGGCUGGGUUUCUUUCGUCCCCAUUCAGCGGUCAUGUGAACGAGACAAUAAGAACACUGUUGAAGUCGGCGUACUGUGACAGAUACAUGCUUAAGGUGGAAAACGGGGCCCUCUACUUCGGCUGGGAGGACAAAACUCUAGUCGUGGCUUCCGCAUGGAAAUAGAACUUUAACCUUUAACAGGAGUAAUACUACCGUGCUUUGUAUAUUCCUGGUUGUUUUGAUGUGUAUACGGAUGAAUGGAACUGAAAUACUGCAGGGCUUGAUAUCGGAUCCAAUCUGAACUCUCUCUCCGUUGACUUGACUUCUACAACCUCGCUGCUAUGUGAUACUAAACAAUAGCUUGCCCAAAAAUUCUGAAAACAUCUUUGGCAUA